AUGCAACAGCCAAUGAUAAUGGAGCUGAGCUCCAGCACAAGCACCAGCAGCAUCGACAGCAGCCCUUUCGAUCAACCCUCUUCGCGACGACUAUUUCACGACACGCCGACCGGGUCGCACCACCCACAGCUCGCAGGACUCGUCUCACCGACUCCGACGGGCUACAUGCACAACGGGGUAUCGACACCCACCACGUCUGCUGAUCAAGACGUCUUUGGCAAAAUCGAUCACACACCGUUGCGGCAGGAGACGUACUCCACGUCACCUCUGCCAAACUCAAGGUCUUUGCAGAUGGGCGAUAUGCUGGAUCAUGUUCUGGAUGCAGACCAGUUCUCCAGGCUGUCAGUUGGCAACAUCAUCGCCCCCGAACGGAAUAGCUCCAAGAAGCCGCCAAAACGACUUCCCACGGAGCCGGGCAGCAUGACUGCGUCUCCAACCCCCGCCUCAAAAACAUCGGCACGGCCUCGUUCCACGCUCACAUCGAUAACCGCCGCCAGCAACAACGCGAGCGCUUCUGGCGCGCAUACAUUCGGCAGCAGUCCCGUAACGAAGCCCUUCCAGCAGCGGCCCUAUCCUCCGUCCGAGGAGCUUUUGAUGCAGGUCAAAUAG